GCGAGCGAGCGGGUGGGGGGCCAUGUCCUUCAAGCGGGAGGGGGAUGACCCCGGCCAGCUCCAGGUGCUCAAGAAACGGAGGGUGGCUGAGCUUUUGGCCAAUUACAUUCCCGAGGACGAAGCCUUGCUCCUGCGCAAUGGCAGGUACGCCUGCACCGUCUGCUUCCAAAGGCCGGUUUUUGACACUCUGGACAUGCUCACGGUUCACCGUUCAGGAAAGAAACACUUAGCCAGUUUGCAAAAGUUUUACGGGAAGAAGCAUUCCCUUGAGAACGAAGUUCAGAAACGCCAGCACCAGGCGUACCUGCAGGCGGAAGAAGACAGCGCCCAGGGGGCCCUGGGGCCGGCCCCUUUGCUUGCCCAGACGCGGAAGAUCACCUGGAACGCCUUGCUGAAGACUGUGCCCUACAGCAGCUGCUGCCGGCCCAAAAGGGAGGCCAGGGGCGAGGCCGGUGCCAGCUCUUCAGGGGCGAGUGCCAGCUUCAGAGCUGCUGGUGGUGCAGGGCUGCCCAAGUCCUCCAGUUCUGCAUUGGUGGGUGAAGAGCAGCAGGUUGGAGAGGAAGCGAGCUCCGUUUGCCCGGAGGCAGAAACUCAAGGGCGUGCUCCCAGGAAGAAGUUUGCCCGUCAAGGAAAGGGGCGCACGGCGCGGAAACCUUCUGGGCCCGACGAUCCGGAGAGGCGGCGAGCCUUGGAGCACUACCUGCAGCUGAAAAGUUCAGGGUGGAUCCAAGACGGGUCAGGCAAGUGGGUCAAAGAUGAGAACGUGGAGUUUGAUUCCGAUGAGGAAGAUCCUCCAAUGCUGCCUCCGUCGUGACGGCGAAACGGGUCGCUUCCCUGGGCAGAGGAACGGCUUUCCACCGGCCGUGCCUUGGAGACGUGCAGAGGGCACCAGGGGGCACCAAGCUGGCCUCUGUCAGAAGAUGCACAAAAGACUUCUGGCCCUGACACUGUGACCCUCAUGCACUUGAAACGCCCCUUUGCGGACUUUGUUGUUUCGGCUUUUAGUAUUCCUGUUACUUGUUUUCAUUCCUGCUCAGUUGCGUUUCCUGUUUUGUUUCUGUGGGGGCUGAAUUUGGUGCAUUCUUAAGUUUGCCAGACGAUUUCCAUUCGGCCCUUUGUAGCCGAGCAAGGCUGGGGAAAAAGCCGUUCAGAAAUCUUCAAAAUAAAAGAAUAAAUGUAUAUUUAGGGAAAGUGCUCCUGUUUAGCUGGAUGGACAA